UAAUCUCGCGUGAUUUACGCAGCUGGAUUGCACGUGUGCAUAUUUCAUGUGAAGGCCACAAACAUAUCAGCUACGGAGGGAGACAGAAGGUGUUGAUGGUUGAACAAAGCAGAUACUCAAGUGAAAUCUGCGGACACGACACCUUUGGAUUAACUGACGUCACAGGCAGGUGAACCACCUUGCUCUGGGGCUGCUACCGUUUCAGCAGAAUGUGGGUAUUCAGUAUUGCACAUCAGCACAAGUUGCUGCUUGUUUUGUCUAGAAGAGCGCACAAGUCUGCAUCCGUCUCAAGAGUGGGCUCUCAGUUUGCUUCCUACCGUGUCACAGCUUCUCUCCUGUGGCCGCAGGACAGCAGCAUCAACCCUGUGGCGAAGAGGCGACGCAGAGUGUCACACACCUCCGGCGUCCAGCACAAGCCUGCUGUAUCUGAUGGAUGGCAGGAUGGUGAGAGGUCAGUUCAGAGUAAAGCGUGGAAAAAUGAGAUCCCGGGUCAGAAGCCAAAUCAGAGGAGGGGAGACGACAGCAGGGUGUCACCUGAGCUCAGGAGACUGUGUCUGGAGGAUUUCCCUGCAGAGAGGGAGAGGCCGGCUGGACAGAGGUCAACGCUGGACUCCAAAGCGGAGAGCUAUGAGAUCGUUUUUGGCAUCGCCCCCUGUCUCUUGGCUCUCACCCAGGGUAGAAGGAAGGCCCGUAAACUGUUUGUAAAAGAUGGCGAGGCCUCUCACAGGGCUUCUGUGUUGAAGGUGUGCGAGGAGGCUCAUCUGCGAGGAGUACAAGUCCAUCGGGUCAGUAAGAAAGAUCUGGACAAGAUGUCUUCUGGGCGAGUACAUCAAGGAGUUUGCCUGCAAGCCAGUCCUCUGAGCUAUCUCACCGAGGGCUCUGCACCGGAAAGAAAAGACAACAACACCCCUCUCUGGCUCGUCCUGGAGGGAAUUCAGGACCCGAUGAAUCUCGGCGCCAUCCUGCGCUCUGCUUAUUUUCUGGGCGUGGACAGAGUCGCCAGCAGUCUCCACUACAGCUGUCCAUUGUCUCCAGUGGUCAGCAAGGCCAGCUCAGGCGUCAUGGAGGUGAUUGGGGUGUAUGGGUAUGAAAACCUUGAGGAUAUGCUCAAGUUAAAGGUGGCACAGGGCUGGCAGGUGGUUGGCACAGUGGGAGCUGAAGCAGAGGAGUCCCAGACUCCGGUCACCCAGUGUUCAGACUUUCAGAUGACUAAACCCACGUUGUUGUUGAUGGGGGGUGAGGGGGAAGGACUGUCCCGGGAGCUGCUCUCUCUGUGCCAAGCCCUUCUCACCGUCCCGCCCGGCAGAGAGUUGUUCCCCGGUAUCGAGUCUCUCAACGUCUCCGUAGCUGCGGGCGUUCUGCUGCACUCUCUGCUGUCCUCCAGGAGGUCGGCCAGAUGAUGACAACCCUAAAUAUCUGCCUGCGCUCGAAACCAAAGAUGCAAGGGAGCUGAGAAUGAACCAUUUAUGGACAACAGAACCACAUGUUGAUGAAAUUGAACAUUUCACUGCAAGUGGCUUUAAAGGAUAAGGCUGGUGAUAUUCUAUAUUUUAUUCUAAAUUAACAAUGAUUGUAUCUGCUAACAGGUAUUGUGUGUGUUUCCAAAGCCUGAUUAUCUUAUUCUUCUGUGUCAUGGAGCUCCAUUGUUGGGUGACACGUUCCUUCAUCACCACGAACACACACACUGUAGUUUAUUCUGACUCAGUCCCACACACACCGUCCUGCUGCCCCGAACACUCACUACAGCACCACAUGUGGAUUAAUCCGCCGCUGAAAAUAGUCCCCAACAAAUGCACCAUUUCCUCCUGUUAGAGUAACGUUUGCUAAAAACUACAGCGUCCAGUUGUUUUAAUAAAAAAUUAAAAAUUAAACUACAUAUGUGUGAGUUUACAUCUUCAGUAGGGACCAAUGUGUUUCCUUUAAAAUGCUUCUCUGUUGGUCACUUGAAAUAGCUAAUAUUAAUGAUGUAUUUUGCUGCUCUGGCUGUGUGGCUAUUGAAGUGAAGUUAAUAAGCAGUAGGAUUUGUUUGUUUUUAAUAAAAUAAUACUUUAUUGACUCUUGUA